GUGGACGUUUCCGGUCUUUAGUUGCAGUCGCCAUUUUCUCGUCGUCGAAAACGGCCAAAGAACGGCGGCAGACGGCGAUAGGAAUAAAGCCCAAAACCGGUAUUAUCCGAGUCCGGUUCGGAGCAGCAGCGUUAGCUACACGAGUUGAUGGACUGUUUGCUGAUCAGGGGUUAUGGUAUCGAUCAGGCUCGUGUAGGUUUGGCCGGAUCGCGCAGCUCAAAGAUGGACGACAGCGCCGCGAGAGAAGACGCCUGUAGAGAGUAUCAGUCCUCUCUGGAAGACCUGACGUUCAACAGCAAGCCACACAUCAACAUGCUCACCAUCCUGGCCGAGGAAAACCUCCAGUUCGCCAAGGAUAUCGUCGCAAUUAUUGAAGCACAAAUCAGCAAGGCCACCGCCACCGAGAAGCUUCCAGUUUUGUACUUAGUGGAUUCCAUAGUGAAGAAUGUUGGAGGAGAGUACCUUGCAGUGUUUGCUAAAAACCUAAUCACUUCAUUUAUAUGUGUCUUUGAAAAGGUGGACGAAAACACCAGGAAGAGUCUGUUCAAGCUGCGCUCCACAUGGGACGAAGUCUUCCCGCCCAAGAAGCUGUACGCGCUGGACGUCCGGGUCAACUCUCUGGACCCGGCCUGGCCCAUCAAGCCGCUGCCCCCCACCGUCAACGCCAGCAUCCACGUCAACCCCAGGUUUUUAAAGCAGCCUGAGGAGGCCACCUCACCCCAGCCAGCCCCCACCCAGGCGACUCCGGCACCGCCCGCCCCGCAGCCGGCCCCCGCCAUGGCCCAGUCCAGUCUGACCCAGGAGCAGCUGAUCCGGCAGCAGCUGCUGGCCAAACAGAAACAGCUACUGGAGCUUCAGCAGAAGAAGAUCGAGCUGGAGUUGGAGCAGACCAAAGCUCAGCUGGCCGGUGGGUUUGUUCUUCCACCAACCACCCCCGUCUCCACCCCACCUCCACCCAGCGCCACGCCAAAGCCCGUCACCCAAACUGCUCCCGUGGUCCGACCCUGGAUCCCCCCCCAGCCUCCGGUCGACACCAAGCCCUCCACCAGAGACCCCCGUCUGAACCGCAGCACUGCCCCACCUGCAGCGCCAGCCAAAGAACAGCCGGCUGAGAGGAAAGAGGGCGUCCACACGGCCGGAGGUCCGGCUCUCGUGCCUGACAAGAGGCUGCCGGAGAAAUCCACCCGCCCUGACAAAUCCAGGACCCCCAAGAAGGAUGUUCUGGAUGACAAGUCAAAGUCCAAGUCUCCAUCUCCAGUGGUGAAAAAUAUCCUGAGUAAAACCAAAUCAACAGAGGCCGAGGCUCCGAAGUCCGCUGACGGCACAAAGAAGGAUCCCAGGCUGAGGAAACGGGUCCCGGACAGAACCGGAGAGUCCAAAGAUGAAGAGCUGAAGAAGAGAUUCAGUGACAAGAAGGACAGAGACGAGUCGGCCCGGCCCCCAGAACCCCCCAGGCCCAACAAAGGGAAGCUGCUGAACGGCUCGGUGGCCAAGCACGACCGCGGCGAGGUGGACGACAAGUCCGACUGCAAGACCGGAGGAAACGCCAGAACACACGCCAGGAAACGGACCCGCUCACGGUCCCGGUCGCCCACCACCUCCCCAAAGAGGAAGGACAGGCGCUCGCCCAAGAGCAGACCCCGGAGCAGCUCGCUGUCCCCGUCCCACAAACCCGGAAAACCUCGGAGGGUCCGCGCAGAUGACCCGCAGCACGGCAAGCCUGGCCGAGAGGACCGGCCCGGACCUAAGAAGAACCAAGCAGAGAGCAGGAGGUCCAAGAGGCCAGGGGAGGACCGGCACUCCGAGUCCAGAGACUCCCCACGGGGCCAUGAUGUAGGCAGCAAAGAGGCGAAGGAUACUCCUCAUCGCUGGAGGAGCGGCUGGGAGAACAAGCAUCUGAAGUCGGAAGACUCCCACCUGAAGCCCGGGCCUCAGAGACACAAACCGUACAGCACCCCGACCCGACCCGGGACCCCCAGAACCCCGAAGCAUCGUCUCAGCGUGGACGCCAACCUGCAGAUUCCUGAAGUCCUCAACUCUGCCUCCAAGAAGGAUCUGCUCAGGAGGGCUAGCAAGCGUCUGGAGAGCGGGGAGAUCUCCCAGGAGGACUUCCUGAACAUGGCCCACCAGAUUAAGCACCUCUUCCAGUAUCAGGAGGAGAAGCAGCAGCGCUCGGAGAGCUGGGACAUGUUGGACUUCCACGUGAAGAAAGGGCCGCUGCUUCCCCGCCCCCAUGACGCCAUGGACGCCGCGGAGCUGUCGUACUACGAGCACAAGUCCAAGCUGAGGAAGACGCAGGUCAACCACCGAGCCGGCGGAGAGGAGCUGGAGGUGGACGAAGCUCCAGAAGACAGCGGGGAGAAGGCGGGUGACUGUCGGAACGCCGCACUUCAUCCGUCACAUAAAUACAGCCGUCCUGCUCGGGACAGACCAGGUGAACGGAGGAGCAAAGAGCGCGAGGAGCCACUGCUCGCCCCCAUGAUCGAGGAGUACAACCACGGCAAGGAGUUCCCCACCCUCAAGGUCCUGCCGGGCCUCCGCUUCAGGAAGAAAGUCGACCCCAGAGAGUCCAGUGAGCGUGAGUGGAUGUCGCCCCUGACGGAGCGCCAGCUGUACGACGACCGUGAUGAGCAGAAGAGCGGCUACGAUGCUCCGCGGCGGUACGGCCCCCCCGGUGACUCCAGACUCCCAGACCCACGCAGACAGGAGGGACCCCCACCGUCUGGACCCAUGGUCCACAGGAACUGUCCAAGUCCAGUUGGUCUGGACACUCCAGGCCCCCGGUUUGAACGGGAGCGGCUGUCCCCUCUGCACCAGAAGGAUCCAGCAGACCUGAGUCCGGUCCCCCGCUUCGAGAGUCCGAACAGCGAACACUCUGACGAUGGGCCCCUGGAUGUCCCCCAUCUCCAUCCUCCCCCUAAACCCAUCCUGAAGGCCCAGCCUCGUGGAGGGCCACUGUCUGGGGUCCGUCAGCACGGAGACUCCCCGGGACAUACCCCUCCUCAUGACGGAGGACACCCUCCCUCACGCUUUAUGGGCCCCUCCAGACCGCAACUGCCUGGGUGGUAUGAAGGUGGUGGCUCUGGGCAGUUUGAUGAGCCGCAGUUUGUUGGGCCCCACCACCCGGUCCCUGGGAGGUUUGAUGGUGGGGGGCCGUCUCACCACAGUGUGCCUGAGAGACCUGAGGGCCCCGGGCACUGUGAUGGGCCCCACGUGGGUCGUGGUCCACUACGAGGGGAUGGCAUGGGAAGGUUUGACGGGGCACCUCAGGUCAGGUUCAGUGGUCCCGGUGGCCCAGGUCUCAUGGAGGGCUCCAUGCAGCGCUUUGAGGCUCCGGGUCACUUCACCAACAUGGGCCCUGGUCCAGGUCCUGGUCCCGGUCAGAUGGGCUUCCAGCAGCAACGGCCUAUGCACUUCGAGGGCCCUAACAAUCAGAUGGGCCCCAUGAGGUUUGAAGGUCCCAGUCGCUUUGAGGGCCCCAAUCAGCCGGGGCCCAGGUACGACAUCCCCAACGUGCCCCAUCAGGGUGGCCCCCCACGCUUUGAUUACAAUCCUGAUCUUCAGGGGCCCCCCAGGUUCGCCCCACAACACAACCUGCAGCCCCACAUGAGACCUAUUGGUCCACCCCUCUACGACAACUCCAUGGCCUCCCAGCAGAACUUUGGUAUGGGCCCCCAGCGUUUCCCAGAACCCAUAAACCCUCAGUUCCUGCCAGGGCCGAUGGCGUUCCAGGCGCAGCGGGCCGACAGCUUCAACAUGCAGCCGCCUUCGUUCAACCAGCAGGCCCCGGGCCCCUUCUUCAACACCGCGGCUCCUAGCAUGCAGCAGCCGGUGACUGUCAUGAGAACCGUAAACCAAACGUUCCUGUCUCAGAACUCGGUGCCUUACGUACAGCAGACUCCUCAGGUGGUUCCUCAGGAGAACCACUUUGGCCAGGUAGACGUCAACGACCUGCUGUCCAAGCUCAUCUCCUACGACAUCAUCAAACCCCUUCAGCCCGACGCCGCCCAGACCCCCAGCGAGGCUUCUGUGGCUCCUGCAGCUCCUCCUGUGGAGGAGGACGAAGAGGAGGAGCAGGAGGUGGAGGAAGAGGACAACGUCCCCGACCUCACAGGCUUCAUCAUUGACAGCAUGAAACGGCGCUACGAGAGCUUGGUGACCAGGCUGUACUCGGGGAACCAGUGCUGCCUCUGCAGCAUGCGCUUCACCACCGCCCAGACCGACAUGUACGCCGACCACCUGGACUGGCACUUCAGGCAGAACCACGCCGGGAAGGUGGCGAGCAAGAAGGUGACACACCGACGCUGGUACUACAGCCUGACGGACUGGAUCGAGUUCGAGGAGAUCGCCGACCUGGAGGAACGAGCCAAGAGUCAGUUCUUCGAGAAGGAGAACGAGGAGGUCCAGAAGAACCAGGCGGCUGCCAAGGAGGAGGAGUUCCAGAGCGUCAGAGCCACCAAGGACCAAGUCGGGGAGUCAUGUGAGAUCUGCCAGGAGCCGUUUGAGACGUACUGGGUGGAGGAGGAGGAGGACUGGUUCCUGAAGAACGCCGUCAGGGUUGAUGACAAGAACUUCCACCCGGCCUGCUUCGAAGAUUAUAAAAACACGUCGUCGUAUCUGGACGUCACGCCGUCGCCCAGCAAGCUGCUGACCGACCACCCGCUGGGCGGCUUCGGGAUCACUGAACAGGAAGUGGAGGAGGGGGGAACUUCCUACGGUGUUGUGGCAGAUGUGGUGAAACAAGAAGUGGAGAGCAAGUCGUGCGAGCUUCCUCGGGUGAAGGAGGAUGAAGAGGACCGGGGUCAGAAGGUUUUAAUGGACUCUGCUGAUUCUGAGGAGACGGCGUGACGCGUCUUCGUCCCUUCGGGAUGAAGGAUGUUUUACGACUUGAAUACAUUUUUGUAUUUGGAUUGUGCGCGGCCGUUUCAGGCCGGCUGCUCAGAGCUGUAAAUGAUUUAAUUUAUACAUUAAAGUAUUUUUGGUAACUGGUCUAAUGCUGAUUGAAUGAAACGGCUCUGCUCUGAUUGGUCAGUUGGUUUGUUGGUCAGUCGCAGGUGUUGAAGGUAAGCAUCAUCUGAUUGGACGACUGUAAGACUUGAGGAAUCGUCUGCUGAAGAUCACGUUCUUUGUUUUUCUUUAAGCUUCAAUAAAAAAAACUGAAAGUU